AUGAAUGGACAAGUAGAGGCGUCUAACAAGGUCAUCAUUGGCAUAAUUGAGAAGAUGAUUGAGAAGUAUCCACGACAGUGGCAUAACCUUUUGUCAGAAGCAUUGUGGGUAUAUAGAAAUUCAAAAAGAUCAAGUACUAGAGUUACACUUUAUAUGUUAACAUAUGGUUAUGAUGCAGUACUUCCAAUGGAAAUGACAGUGAAGUCAGUAAGGGUAGCUUUUCAGAAUGAGCUAACUCCAGCUGAAUAUACUCAAGCCAUGCUAGCAGAGUUAGAAGACCUUGACGAGGUACGGUUGAGUGCUUUAGACCAUGUCAUUGCACAUAAAAAGAAGGUAAUGCGAACCUAUAACAAAAAGGUAAAGGCUAAGUCUUUUCUAGAAGGAGACAUGGUUUGGGAAGUCAAAUUACCACUCGGGACUAGAGAUAGAGAGUAUCGCAAGUGGACUCCAAAACAGAAAGGACCUUUCUUGGUUGAAAGGGUGUUGAAAGGGUUCUAG